CCGACCACUCCGUCACUGCCUCCAGCUUGCUGCCUGCCUGGGGGGUUUUGUUCCGUUCCGGGUUCCCGCGCCAGGGCUCGUCAGCGCGCCCUCGCAUUGAUUUCCCGUUGCUCAUCCCGUCCAUUCCUCGCCUGCAACUCCGUUCGUCCAGGGGAUCGACUUUAAAGAUUCCCACUUUUUUUUUUUCUCUUUGGAAAUCAUGGCGCAACAACAACAACAAAAUGACAAUGUGAUGCGAAGAAAGCUGGUGAUUAUCGGGGAUGGUGCCUGUGGGAAAACCAGUUUGCUCAGCGUCUUCACGCUGGGCUACUUUCCAACGCAUUAUGUGCCAACGGUCUUCGAGAACUACGUAACAGAUUGCCGCGUGGACGGUCGGUCGGUUCAAUUGGCUCUGUGGGAUACUGCUGGUCAGGAAGACUACGAACGGCUGCGUCCGCUGGCCUACUCAAAGGCGCAUGUGAUUCUGAUCGGCUUUUCGGUGGAUACGCCGGAUUCGCUGGAGAACGUCAAACACAAGUGGAUCGAAGAGGCGAACGAACGAUGUCCCGGCGUGCCCAUCAUCCUGGUCGGGUUGAAGAAGGAUCUCCGAGAGGACCCCCUGGCGGUCGAGGAGAUGCGCAAGAAGUCGCUGAAGUUCGUCACGUCCAAGGAAGGAAGCGACAUCGGCACCCAGAUCGGCGCCCGCAAGUACUUGGAGUGCUCCUCCUUGACGGGGGAGGGGGUCGACGACGUGUUCGAGGCCGCCACCCGGGCCGCUCUGCUGACGUUCGACAAGCGCAAGAGCUCCUGCUGCAUUGUGCUAUGAUUUUCU